ACCCGUCGGACGGUGUAUUAUCGCUGUACACGCGAUUAACGUGUUUCAUUAUCGAACUCUCGUAUGCAUAUUAUAAUAAUAAUGUUUAAUAAUGUUCAAUAAUAUGAUAUACCUAUGAUAAAUUAGUGAAUCUGAUAAUACGAAACGGUAUAAUGAUCGAAUUUUCCCAACCCACGCAGCAUAACAUUAAUCGCGCGUAUGGUUUGUGUGCGCUGUAAUAAUAUUAAGUUGUCUUGGUUCCGAUUUAUGAUAAGAACGCGUUUUACUUAUAUAUAAACCGAGUCGUUCAGACAGAUAGUCUACAGUCAACACUCGAACGGUGGAUCGUUCGCAUUGUCUUGACAGUCCGAUCGAUUAAUCGAUAUAAAAUAAUAUACAUAAUUAAUAAAAUCGUCUUAUCAUUCGCGACACCGUCAUGGCCAGUCGCCGUGUAAGCAUCAACGAUUAUGACUCUAACGCGCCAAGCAACUUAUUCCGGACCAAUGGACAAAAUUUAUCCGGUAUGGGAAAUAAAAAGAGAGAAAUCAACGCACCUCUCAUCGUCGUUUCCAAUCGUCUUCCAUUCGUGUUGGGUAAAAACGCAGACGGAGACUUAGUGCGCAAACAAAGUGCCGGUGGUCUUGUAACGGCCGUCGCACCAGUAGUUGUCGAAUGUAAUGGCACAUGGAUUGGAUGGUCCGGUUCGUUCGAUUUAAAACCCAAUGAUCCAAUUCCAGAAUCUGAUCCGGAAGACAAAGCUCCAACUGCUGGACUCAAAUCUAGUCAAAUUAUUCCGGUACACUUAGAUAAAAGUGAAAUCGAAGAAUUCUACAAUGGUUGUUGUAACGGCACGUUUUGGCCGUUAUUUCACUCGAUGCCCGACCGAGCAAAUUUCGUAUCUAGGGACUGGAAAACAUACUGCAAAGUCAACGACAAGUUUGCUGAUUGCACACUGGCCGCUCUGCGGGAUGCCAUAAAAAAAUUAGACGCCGCUGGAGAUUACCACACAGCCCCCUUGGUUUGGAUCCAUGAUUAUCAGUUACUGACAACCGCGACCAAGAUUCGUCAGGUGUGUGAAGCAGAAAAUCUUAGGUGUAAGCUGGGAUUCUUCUUACAUAUACCGUUUCCAUCGUGGGACAUUAUGAGACUGUUGCCUUGGGACGAUCAAAUUCUCCAGGGAAUGUUGGCUUACGAUUUCACCGCUUUCCACAUCGAGGACUACUGCUUGAACUUUAUCGACUGCUGCUGUCGGCGGCUCGGAUGCCGUGUGGAUCGGACCAACAUGCUGGUGGAGUUGGCCGGUCGGACCAUACAAGUGAAGGCACUGCCGAUCGGCAUACCGUUCGACCGUUUCGUCCAACUGUCGGAGAAGGCCCCAGCGUUCCUGAACAUGUCGGAUGACGUCAAGGUGAUACUGGGCGUGGACAGGUUGGACUACACCAAGGGUCUGGUACACCGGAUCCUGGCGUUCGAAAAGUUCCUAGACAAAUACCCGGAACACCGGGAGAAGGUGGUGCUGCUGCAGAUUUCAGUGCCGUCCAGGACGGACGUCAAGGAGUACAAGCAGCUCAAGGACGAGACGGAGCUGCUGAUCGGUCGCAUCAACGGCCGGUUCUCGAUGCCCAACUGGUCGCCUAUCCGGUAUAUUUAUGGGUGUCUAAGCCAGGAACAGUUGGCUGCUCUGUACCGAGACUGUGCGGUAGCUCUGGUGACGCCGCUCCGGGACGGUAUGAACCUGGUGGCCAAGGAGUUUGUGGCAUGCCAGAUCCGAACGCCGGGCGUGUUGAUCCUGUCGCCGUUCGCCGGCGCCGGUGGCACCAUGCACGAGGCGUUGCUGGUCAACCCGUACGAGUUGGACGAGAUGGCCAACGUGCUCCAUCGAGCCGUUCGAAUGCCUUUGGACGAGCGCGAGCUUCGUAUGACGCAGCUCAGGCACCGCGAACAGCUGUUGGACGUCAACUACUGGAUGACAUCGUUCUUCUCAUCGAUGGGCGCUCUGGGUGACGACACCGGUGACGGCAACGCGGACGACGGUACCGGACUACCGUCAAAGACCAUGCAAUUGCAGCUGGACGACUUCGACAUGUACCUGAGCAACCACAUCGCGGGCGCUGGCAAGCUGAGUCUGAUACUGGACUACGACGGCACGCUCACGCACCUCACUUCGCACCCCGACCUGGCCGUCAUGUCAGAGGAGACGGUCAAAGUGUUGCAGCGGCUCAGCCGCAUGCCGGACGUGAAUAUCGCCAUCAUAUCCGGUCGGACGCUGGAAAACGUCAAGUCCAUGGUGGGCAUCGAGAACGUGACGUACGCGGGCAGCCACGGCAUCGAAAUCCUGCACCCGGACGGCACAAACUUUGUGCAUCCGGUGCCCAGACAGUAUGAACAAAAGGUCGCCGAGCUACAGAAGGUGCUCGCAGACGAGGUGUGCGGUGACGGGGCCUGGGUGGAGAACAAGGGAGUGAUGUUAACUUACCAUUAUCGGGAGGUGCCGGUCGCCAGGCGCGAACACCUGGAACGCCGGGCGGUGGAGAUAUUCGAGGAGGCAGGGUUCGAGCCCCACCGCGGAUUCCUGGCCAUCGAAGGCAAGCCGCCGGUCACGUGGGACCAGGGCCGUGCGUCCAUUUACAUAUUGCGCACUACAUACGGUGUCGACUGGUCCGAGCGGGUGCGCGUCGUGUACGCCGGCAACGAGGACGCCAUGUUGGCGUUGCAGGGCAUAGCGUGCACGUUCCGAGUCGACCCGUCACCGAUGGUUCAGACGGCCGCCGACUUCCGGUUGUCCGGUCCGGACGCCGUGCUUACUAUGCUCAAGUGGGUGGAGAAGGAGAUGCACAAGCGGCUGCCGACGCUCAACCGGACGGUCAGCAACAGCCGGGUGCAGAGCGCGGCGUUGGCGCACAGCAUCCGGUCGCAGAUGAGCAUCGACCAGAAGGAAGAGGAAAAGGAAAAGAUGAUCCUGCUGGCCCGGAGGUCCAAGCUCACCACCACUUAAGCGGCCGAGGUCUGGAAACGACGACUAGCACCGCAUUACGCAACACCGCUACCGCGUUAAGGACUUUAAUAAUUACUAUAAUAAUAUUGUAUAAGUUAUAUUAUAUACUCGACGGGAUGACCGAAAGUCGUCAUACGCGACAUAAUAAUAAUAAUAUUAUUGUACAACGGUAAAGAGGCGUCUGUUCUCAGGACAGGGCCCUCGUCGUAUUUCGUAUAAUAAAGUCCGCUGUUUAGAUUCUAUAAUAUAGAGUUAGGUAUAUAUGAUAUAAUAUGUGUAUUUGAAUAAUUUUUUGACUAUUUGUUUUAUUUUUUAUAUAUAUAUAUUGUUUUUAUUAUAUUAUAUUGAAUAUGAUUA